AUGGCGACAGAGUCGGCGAAGCGUUCUUCGGGCACGCGGUCCAUCGCCUUAUCUGCAGCUAAGGCAACCGCAGCAAUGGAAGAAGACGAAGGAGAAGAAGAAACCCUUUCAAUCCCAAAGCACGAGAAGGCCCUGGAACGUGGUUUACUCCGGAAAGUCGAUCUCCGGUUAUGCACAAUUGCUGGCAUUCUUUGCAGUUUGAAUCUGAUAGAUUCCGGCAUCAUUUCAUCUGCCGCCGUCACUACCAUGAUAGACGAUCUCUCCCUCCAUGGAAAUCGAUAUUCCGUGUCUAUUUUCAUCUUCACCGUUUCCAGCAUCGCUUUCCAACUUCCGUUUACGCUCGCAAUACGGUUCGUUGGGCCACGACUCUGGUUUUCAAUGACCACCAUUUGCUUUGGCCUGAUCACUCUAGGUACGGCUUUCGUGAAGACCUGGCAGCAAAUGAUUGUGCUGCGCGUCCUCUUGGGCAUGUCGAUGUCUGGCAUCUACCCGGGACUCACAUACCUUAUCAGCACGUGGUAUACGAGACGAGAGCAGCAACUUCGAUAUGCAUUCAUGCAAUCCAGCGAGGUAACGAUCCUAGCUACAGGCAGCAUCCUCAACUACGCUCUCAAUCAACUGGAUGGCAUAGCAGGGCUCCAAGGGUGGCGCUGGAUGUUCCUGGUCCAAGGCCUAAUUGCCUUUGGCAUGGGGAUAAUCACAUAUUGGUGGAUGAUCGAUUUCCCAGAUAAUGCGCACAACAGUUUCUGGUUCCUCGAUGAGGCCGAAAUAAAACUUGCCACCAAGAGAAUUGAACUCGACAGGCACGAUGCCAUCCUUGAUAAGAUCUCUUGGUCCAAGAUUGCGGUUAAUUUUCUCGACUUCAAACUUUAUGCGUUCAGCUGCCUGUUUUUCCUUCUUAAUAUCGUCUCGACCUCGCUCUCCUACUUCUUACCUAUCAUCCUCCAGUCAGGCAUGGGAUUUAGCACGAACAAGUCCAUUCUGUUAUCUUCUCCGCCAUACUACUAUGCUAUCAUACCUGUUCUUCUCACUUCGCUACUCGGCGAUAAAUUUCGUCUUCGUGGACCACUGAUCAUUUUCAACGCAUUAUCGCUCAUCGCCGGGUUCCUCAUGCUUGGCCUCCCAUCUUCAACGCAAGUCACUGUCCGUUAUAUCGGCACAUUCCUCGCCACCGGCGCAUAUGUUUCCAACUGGGCAGCAUUGAAUGCGUACCAGGCAAAUAACAUCGUUGGCCAAUGGAAACGAGCGACCAUAGCCGCAGCGGUGACUGCGUCCAAUGGGCUGGGAGGCAUCGCAGGCAGUUUUAUCGUGCGGUCUGUUGAGGCUCCAGCUUAUACCACUGCUGUGUGGGUAUCUAUCGGCUCCCAUAUCCUAAUGAUUGCAAUUGUCGGGAUGUUCUCCACAUAUUUCUACUUCGCAAACCGGCGACAACGAACGGGGAACUACGUGAUAGAGAACCUGUGUAGCAGCGAUGCUGACUGCGUGGAACGAGCUUCAGAUCACGGCGGAUAA